CUGCCAACGCUCGUCGCGCACACAACUGCUGGUUGCCCCGACAUGGCGAAUGUUCAGACAUCUUUCCCACUAAUGACUAAAGAGGCGGCAGAGAAGACAGCAAGGUCCAUAUUCGUGGGGAAUAUUCCGUACGAGGCUACAGAAGAAAAGCUAAUUGAACUUUUCGGCAAGGCCGGCCCAGUCAUUGGCUUCCGUUUAGUUUAUGACAGGGAAUCGGGAAAACCAAAGGGUUACGGUUUUUGUGAAUACAAUAAUCCGGCGAUUGCCGCGAGUGCCCUCCGUAACCUCCAGAAUAUCGAAUUCAAUGGGCGUCCUCUUCGAAUUGGCCCCGCCGCCGGAGAGCAGAAUUCUGCGGAACUAGCACUUAGUAACCCGGCUGUGGGGCCUCCUUUGGAGAGCCCCUAUGGAGACAAGUGUGAUCCCCAAGCGGCUCCUGAGGCAAUCAGUCGGGCUGUUGCCAGCCUCCCACCGGAACAAAUGUACGAACUUAUGAAGCAAAUGAAGCUCUGCAUCCAGAACAAUCCAAACGAAGCUCGGAACAUGCUACUACAAAACCCACAGCUGGCGUACGCGCUGCUCCAAGCACAGAUUGUUAUGAAAAUCGUGGACCCCAAAGUUGCAAUUGCUAUGCUCAACCGGAGUCAUGACCAAAUUCCUCCGGCUAUGCCGGAUGAAGGAGAGACCAGACAGAAACCCAACGCACCAACUUCUUCCCCAGCUCCUAUGCCUAUGAAUAAUGCUGCGCCAGCCGUUGCACAGAUGAUGACUCCUCAUACUGCUCCGGUCUCGAUACCUGGGAUGCCACCUACCAGCUACUCGUCUCACCCUGGAACGAUUCCUAUGGGUGGAUCCCAUCCUGGUGCGUAUCCGAUGGAACAACAUCCGUCCGCUGUCCCGGUGCAGAACACACGUAUUUCACAGUUCUAUCCUGGGGGUGGAAUGGCACCGCCUGGGGGCGGAUUCCCUCCUGCAUCCAAUAUACAACCACCUGUCCAACACCAGCAGCCACCGCCUCCAAUGCCGUAUGAUUACCCUGGAAACGCGCCACAGCAACCAAGGCCCGGUAUGCCCAACCCCCCAAUGAAUUUCCACCCGAACGCACCGUCACAAAUGCAGGCUGCACCGAGGCCAAUACGCCCACAAGGACCCCAGCCUAUCACACCUGCAAUCGCCGCUGCAGCGGCUGCGAAUAUGGGUCCAAACAGCAUAUUGGCCGGACAGGGUGAGCAAGAAAAAGUCGCCCUAAUCAUGCAAGUGUUGCAGUUGUCCGACGAACAGUUGGCCAUGUUGCCGGAAGAUCAACGCCGUAGUAUAAUGAUACUCAAGGAACAGUUAGGAAAGACGGGUGCCAUUUAAAAAAUAACUUCACACCCACACUUUUCGUGAAAACUGCGAGAAACUCGUUUUUGAAAUAUAAUUGAUUGUAUCUGAAUUGUGCCUCCUCUCGUAGAACAUUUGAGCUCCCGGAUAUCGCAUAUAAGUCAUUAGAAAAAAACAAUGGUCAUGCAAGGUAGUUGUACUGGUCGGGAUCAUAGGGGCUACGUUCAAUAUAUCCUUUGUCAAUGAGGGUCUCAACACAUCUUUUGAUUAACGGUAUGGAGGGUUGAAAGCGACCACUGGCCUGUUGGAAUACGGACUUUAUCAAACUGACGUGGUCAAUUUGUUUCCUUGAUUUCAUGACGCGGACUAUGGCAGCUUGGAUAAAAUAUCGUCUGUCUUCGUUCACUUGCCUCUCUACUUGUUCUGCGUCCGUCUGAA